GUUUGUUUGUUGGGUUUUUAUCUUCUAUGCUUGUUGCUUUGCCCUUGGUUGGGUGUGUUUUGGGUUUUCUUUAAUCCUUCAUGUUCGUUCUGAACUCGUUUUCAAAGUUGCUGUUUAUUUGUGGUUGUUUGUUUAAAUAAUUGCCCUAUUUAUUAAUUCUAUAUUAUUAGGUCCAAGCCAUCGGUGACUUUAGUUUUUGAAAUGUUGCUGGUGCCUUAAAAUGAUUAAUUCUACCUUCCCAAAGCCUUCAGGAUGGCCCUAAUACGUCAAAAGUGUGAUUUCGUUGUUUUCCUUAAUUUUGCUCUCCCUCUUUUUCAGGUAUAGCUUAGUGUUAUGGGUGAUACAGAAGAAGCUAAAAUGCAGAUAACACCAGAAACUCCAGGACGAGUCACAAUCCUGAAUCCCUUUGAAAGUCCCAGUGAUUAUUAUACUCUUCAGGAGCAGAUUGUUUCUAGUCCAUCAGUCUUUAAGGCAACAAAAUCCUCAUCUACACCAGGAAAAUUCAGAUGGUCUAUUGAUCAGCUGGCUCUAAUAAAUCCUGUGGAAAUCGACUCGGAAGACAUUCGACGCCAAGGAAUGUAUUUGAGCCAUGCUAGAAUUGAUAAGGAGACAGAAGACAGAAGGCAAAGAGCUAUUGAGGAGUUUUUCACAAAAAAACUCAUAGUUCCUUCUCCUUGGACUGAACAUGAAGGCAAGCAAGUUUCUCAGUUUAAUUCAACUAAAUCCAUAGAUAUAGAUAACAUUUCUCCAAUUGGAAGGCAGCUGAGCUUGCAGCCUGGGAAAAGCAAUGCUGCUUGUCAGACAGUACUGUCUUUACCAGUGGAUUUUAAUUUAGAGAAAAUUCUAGGUGAGUAUUUUAGAACCGAUGAAUUUGAAGAUCAGUCUCAGGAGAAUUUGAGCUCUUCAUCACUCAGAAGAAAGCUGUUUUUAGAAGAAAAUGGGAAUGUAUCUGCAUGUUUGUCACCUUCUCUGCAUAGUCCAUGUGGUAGUCAGCCACUUGGAGUACUUUGUUCAAUAGAAUUAUCUCCAGUCCGGUGCAGAAGCCCCCUGGACACAUCUAGUUCAGGUCAGUUUUCAUCAAGUCCUAUUCAGGGAGGAACAAGAGCUUAUAGUCUGGGAAGUAUAACCAGUCCCCCGUUUUCAGAGGGGUCUCCUGCACAUAAUGGUUCUCCUGCUUUUUCACCAAUUGCUUUUCACAUAAGAAAAACACCACUUUCAGACCAAAGAAAAUUUACAUUUCGUUCUCCAGAUAUUCCUUCUUCCUCAAAUAGAAUGACACCCCCAAGUACAAGAAGUCCUUACGUAGAUGGUUGUUCUCCAAUUAAAAAUUGCUCUCCUAUGAGGCUUGGAGCUUGUCGAGGUACUGCCCAGUAUCAGACUUCUGUCAUUAGAAUACCAAUUGCAGUUGAGAAUCAUGAUGAGGAUGAGGAAGACAAGGAAAAUAAUUCUUCAGCGGAAGCUCGGCUCCCAGAAAUGGAUAAUGGAUUAAACUUGCAUCAGGAAGACAGUGAUACUUUUGCACAUGGUACACAUCUUGUGGUGGCAACUGUGUCUAUUGCACCAGAUCACUCAGAAGGCCGUCAUCAAAGGUUGUCAUCAUUUAGGGAUAUAGAGGGCUUAAAGGAAAAUAAUACUGUAGACAUGGCUGAUGCAGCUGAAGUGUCAGAGGAAAACACUUGGAUAAAAGAAACAAUUGGGAGUAGCAAUACACCAAUGACCAGCUUUAUGACAGGCAUUACUUUCAGUAUUGAAAGCUCUCGCAUGUGCAUGUCACCUCUUGCAGAAAGCAGUGCAAUUCCUUGUGACAACAGUAGUAUUCAGGUGGACAGUGGUUACAAUACACAGACUUGUGGAAACAGCAUUAUGGAUACUGCGGGGGCUGAAAACAGCUGCCGAGAAAAUGAUGCAAAUACUGUCGUGUUUCAGAAUAAAUCUCAGCUGCUUAGAACAAAGGAGGAAUAUUCUGUUUUAAGCCAUAAGGACAAUCAUUUGCUAAGAACAACAUCUCCAGAAAAGCAAUCCUGUUUUCAAAAAGGAAAAACACAUAGCACAGUAUUUGCUCAAAAUGCAACUUCCAACAUUUCUACUUGGAAACAUAAAAAUGAGAAUCAAGUUCAGGGAUUUCACAAAAGUGUACUAAACUUGGAGUUGACCACCUGACACUACCACUGUCUCUGAAGAACACUUGUGUCUGAAUUGAUGCUCUGGUACUUCUUGAAAGGAACCUAAGAAGGUGCAAUAGGAUUUACUGGUCUCAGUACAUCACUAAGAAAAUAGUGCAGCCUUUCUUCUGUAAAAGCAAACCAUUACAUUUUUACUUCACUCUUAUGUUUAAUUCCUAUUAUUAUGUUGCUUACAGAAAUUACCAAAAUAUUUAGAUAAAUAGUUAAAAUAUAAUUAAUGUUUGCAUGCCAUUUAUUACCAAAAGUAUUAAUAUAAGUGAACCUUAGAUCCUUUCAAGAAAACCAUCAAUGAAUUAAAAUGAUGGAUUGAGACAGGAGUCAGAAGCCCAGAACUCUUUGUGUAAUCAAAUCACAUUUGGUUGAAUUUGCUUGUAUUUGUUUGAAAUUCUGGAACUUACGAAUGUGAAUGAGGGGAAAAGUCAGGGUAAUCUUGUGGCCCUAGUGACCAAGAGGGAAAGGAGAGAUAAGGGAUAAACAGAGCCCAGAAAUAUCAGUGUAUGUAGAGCUCUGGUAAAGUGCAUUGGAUUAAUGAAAAAGAGAAUUCCUUUUUAAACUGUUCCAGGUGAAGCAGUCUUCCUCUCUUUUCAUAGCAAGGAUGUCCCAGGAUACUGGAUGGAAGUUCUGCUUUCUGUUCUGUUCCACAAACCACAGAAAAGCUUGUAUACCAAAGUGACAGACAGUGGCUCAUAAGCAGCUUAUUGGCAUAUUAGGCCUGAAACCUAUUGGUCAUAUUGGUCAGAUCUAAAUUUGAAGGCAAGAUAGCAUUCUCAAAAGGCAAGGUGUAAACAGAAUCUCUUGGCAUCAAAAUCAGUGUGUUAGACUUGAGAUUUGUGUGUUGUUUGAAUAGAACAGUUCUUGAAUGCUUUCACUGAUAAUUUCCUAGUGAAGGCUUUCUGAAAAGCAUAUUUAAGAAAAAGGGAAACAUCUGUCUGCAUCACUUGAUUGUAGUUCUCACAUUGCAAAAAUAAAUAUAAAAAAAUUACUUUAGAAAUCUAAUGAGCAAACAUGAUGUGCAUUAUUUUUACUUCUGUAACAAUUUAAUUACUAGUUCUGUACUGCAUGUGGGAUUGACAGUAAUGGAAUCGAGUGUCAUCUACUAGCUAUUUCAUGACCUUCAAACAUUGUCCUACUAGAAGCUGGAACCAGACUGGAUUGGUAACAGUUAAGAGAUUAAUUUUGUUAAAAGUAGAAAAUUACCUCAGACAUUUUUAAAAUAGGGCCUUCAAAAUGUUCUUAGCUUUAGCUUGUAAAUUCUAUCACUCAAAAGUAGGCUACAACUUGUCUGAGAUUUAGAAGUUACAUAUGACCUUGUGUCAUUUGCUUCUCAUCAUAAUUUUAAAAAUAAUCAAUUGAAAAGACUGUACAAAGGAUUUAUUUUUGCAAUUGUGAUUACUAAAAUAGUAAUAUAAAUUUAAUUAAUGUUAAGCAGGGUAGCCCAAAUUAUGAUCAGUUUCUGAAUUUUUCUGAAGUUACAUGUAUAAUUGUUUUUCCUUUUAACUAAAUUUUUGAUAGUUUUUAAAAUAUGUUCAGUGCUCAGAGGCUUUUGAAGUAUUCACAAGUAAAAAAGCAAUCCCUAAAGUAUUUAAUUUCAUCCUGUAUUAGCAUUUUCUUGAAGGUAAGAAAAAAGAGCAGAAAUGGGUGAAUGUGAGAAAUAAUUAAGGAUGCCCCCACCUGGAUUGCCUGUAUUUUUUUGUCCUCUUUUGUAGACUGCAGUUAGAUGGGAAAUAUUUAUUUUAUGAAAACAUGCCUAUUUUUUUAUUAUGUUUGUAUAACUGAUUAGUAGAAGAAACCUGCUGUGCAAAUUACCGUGGAAGUCACUUGAUCAUUCUGUUUCUGUAGUUGUAAAUCCAUUGGUUGGCACACAUUGCACAAAAUGGUCAUUGUUUACAUUAAAUUAAUAUCAGUAGUUCUAACACGAGUCCUGUGACAUGUCUAACUGUAAACUGAACAGUGAAACGGAAUAAAGACAUUUCCUUAA